AUGGUUGGCGUUUUAUCAGCUUGUUCUCAUUUAGCAGCUUUGAAUCAAGGGCAGUCGAUCCAUGAUUAUAUUGUGAGGAAUCGAUUGAGAAUGAAUGUGUACGUUGGUACUGCAUUGAUUGAUAUGUAUGCUAAAUGUGGAGACAUUGAUGAGGCAAAACAAGUGUUUGAUACUAUGGGAGUAAAAAAAAAAAAAAAUUGUACAUGGAAUGUAUUGAUUUCGGGAUAUGCCAUGAAUGGAAAAGGCGAGGCUGCAUUGCAGGAUUUUGAUAGGAUGGUUGUAGAAGAGUUUAAGCCUGAUGAUGUUACUUUCAUGGGUGUUUUGUGCGCUUGCAAAACCGUUGAGGAAUGUAGAAGGCGGUUCUCAAGCAUGAUAAAUCAGUUUGGAUUGCAACCGAAGAUUGUGCAUUAUGGGUGUAUGAUUGAUCUAUUUGGACGUGGUGGAUUAUUAGAUGAAGCUAUGGAAAUGAUUCAUUCUAUGAAACUAAAGCCAGAUGCAAUAAUAUGGAGGACACUAGUUCGUGUCUGUAGAUUUCAUGGAAGAGAAGAACUUAGUGAAUUUGCUCUCCGUAAGCUUCUGGAACUGGAACCAACGAACGGGGAAAAUUACGUUUCAAUUGAAAUUGAAAAUGCAGUUUAUGAGUUUAAGGCAUCUGAUCCACUUAAAAUGGGGCAUGAGGUAAUCCAUAAGAUGUUGGAAGACUUGAAGAAUCAGUUGAAAUUAGCUGGUUAUGUGCCUGAAACAGAGAUGGCUCUGUAUGAUAUUAAUAAAGAGGAAAAGGAGCAUAAUCUGAUAUACUUGCAUAUGGGCUGCUAUAUUCAUCUGAACCUACAUUACGGAUAA